UAAAAGUAGAUACACAAAAAAGCGUCUAACUAUGCUAUUUGUAAAUAGUGCACCUGUUUCUGUUAUAUUCAUCGUUUUACAAUAUCCGGAAAUUAUAAAAUGUUCCUUGCAAGGCGAAGAAGUAGCGAAAUGGGCAAAUACCAUCGGCGAUCAGUUGUGGAUGCUUGGAAGAGAAGUGACCAAAAUAGCGGAAAUAGGCCAGAAAUAUGGACAUUUGAAUGCCGGAGUACAUGCAACUGAUCCAACCACCUUGCUCGCUGAAAUAAAAGAAAAUAUUCUACGUAUGAUGGAUAGAAAAAUGGACGCAAUUAGGUGCAUCCAGCAAAAAGCGGAAGCUACUGCUGAAGUGGCGGAAUUUCUAGCGGAUAAGCCUUAUACUUAUUACAGCUCCAAAUACUCACCUCUGGUGGUUUCGGGGGUAAACGGAACUAAAGAAAUAAAAUUGCCUAAAUCGUUGAAGAAAAAUGUUCAAAUGUAUUUAACAAUGCAUCUAAACAACGAUACCCAUUUUUAUAAUCUUCCUGUGAAUACAAGCCAUAGUUCUGUACAUGUACCGACUAAUGUCUAUGAUAAAGAAAAUGCAACUGCUGCUGCGAUACAAUGGUCCGAAGAAUUGGAUAGUGUCUUCGCGCAAAAUUAUAAAUCAGAUCCUGCUUUGUAUUGGCAAUACUUCGGCAGCUCUACUGGGUUUAUGAGGCAUUAUCCAGCUAUGCAUUGGCUGGAACAUAAAAAAGAGAUACGAACUCUAUUUGACUGCCGCAUUCGCACUUGGUUUAUCGAAGCAGCUACUUGCACAAAGGACGUUGUCAUUCUGAUGGACAAUUCAGGUUCAAUGGAUGGAAUGGGGAAACAUAUCGGCUCACUGACAGCGUUUAGCAUUUUAGAUACAUUUUCUAAUAACGAUUACGUCAAUGUAUUGAACUAUUCAGAAACUACCAAUUACAUAGUGCCUUGUUUUGCUGAACAACUCGUCCAAGCGACCAAAGAGAACAUAAACAUAUUCAAACAAGCAAUCGAAAAAUUGGAGCCCAACGGAAAAACUUACGUUGAGCAAGCUCUUGUAAUAGCGUUCGAUAUUUUAAAUAACUACAGAGACAUUCGAGGAUGCAACAAUGAAAAUAGCACGAACUGCAAUCAGGCGAUCAUGAUUAUAACCGACGGUGUGAACGCAAAUUAUAGCGAUACAGUGCUGAAAUUAAAUUACCUGUUUAAUGGCACGAAUAUACCUGUUCGGAUAUUUACUUAUCUUAUCGGGAAAGAAGUUACUAAUGUGGAAGAAAUUAAAUGGAUGUCUUGUGCAAACAGAGGAUAUUAUACCCACGUUCAAACGUUAGAACAAGUAACUGCUUCCGUUCUACAAUAUAUCUACGUAGUGGCGCGCCCUUUGGUACUACAAGAAGAGGAUCAUCCGGUAUCGUGGACUCAUGCAUACGCGGAUGUGACGGUAUUUGUAAUGUAUGAUUACAGAGUGUCUCAAGAGAAAAUUUAACUUUAUUCCUAGUACGACGACGCUACAGAUACCACAAUUAAUGAACCGUAUAGACUCUUAACAUCAGCCGCGAUACCGUGCUUUGACACUAAAAUAAAUAAAAUGAACGAUACCAGAACCGCUGAGUUGCUGGGAGUUGCAGGAACGGAUGUACCUAUAGAUGAAUUCAGGAAAUUAACUACUCCAUACAAGAUUGGCGUCAACGCUUACGCUUUUAUAGUUACCAAUAAUGGGUACGUUUUGAUGCACCCCGAUUUGCGUCCAGUGUUCGAAGGUAUAUUAAAGGAAAAUUACAACAGCAUAGAUUUAACUGAAGUUGAACAGCUAGACGAAGACCUACCUCCUAGAGAAAUCAGUGAAACUCUCUUAAAACUUCGAUUUGCUUUAGUCAAUGGUUCGGAAGGAAGUAUGCACGACAUUAAAAUUAAAUACCAUUAUGACGACUAUAAAAGAACCGCGGAAGAAAUUUACGAUUAUUAUUUUGCUCCAUUAGAAGGCACUCCUUUUUCGAUUGCCAUCGCGAUACCAAAUAACUACGGCAAUUAUUCCCUAAAAGUAGGUAAUCAAAUCGGUACCAACAGGUUUACGGGGGUAGAUUUGACUUCGUUUUUCAAGGGAAAAUGGAAAAUACACCCUAAAUGGGUUUACUGCAAGUACCAUUAUUUAGAAGGUCACGAGUUCGCUACCGCCGAACAAGAACUGCUGCAUUUUCUAGGAAAAAUAUACGAUAGAGAUUUCAAAUGGGAGAAACAAUACGAGGCAAUGGAAACCGAGGAUAUAAAUCAAAUCGAGUGUGGAAGAAAAACUCUCGAUGAUGACGAUUAUUAUUGCGACGAGCAGCUAAUGCAGAGGCUCAUCUUCGAUGCCAAAAAUACUUACGAACCUUUCAACGAAAAAUGGACGUUUCAGUCCCAAGCUGAGGAAGAUCUUUUCCGAGAUUUUAGAGUGUCUCUGAGAUUUAUUGCGACCAUGAGCGGCCUUACUCGAUGGGAUAUCUUCAACGAAUCUGUAAAUGAUACCAGUAGUAAAACGAAAACCAAAGAAUUCGGAGAUUUACAUCCGAGAGCCAUCGACGAAAAAUGGUAUAAAAGUGCCGUGUUGCAACAUCAGUUUGAUACUGAAUCUUUCGUAUAUUCUGUGCCGUUUGAUUCCGCGAUGACUAGCAAUGACAUUUUAGUGACCGGAAGCUACGCAAUAUUUGUUAAAGAUGCCGGAAUUGAAGCGCCCGGAUCUGUAGUUGGUUUCCAGUUUCAUCACAAAAGUUUCACCAACAAGGUGAACGAAAUUACUGACAAAUUAUCGAAUCAGUGUUCGCAUUGUGACAAGUGCAGGGGAAAUCUGGCAUGUUACAUUAUCGAUAAUUCCGGGUAUAUUCUAGUAUCGGAAAAGGUAGCCAACGUGGGAAAGUUUUUCGGGGAAAUCGAGGGCGAUAUUCUAGCUUCUAUGUUAAAACAAAAUAUUUUUAAAAUGAAAACGUUGUAUGAUUAUCAGGCCUUGUGUAGAGAAGAAACUGAACCAACCCCUAGUCUGGGAAUACAGAAUUCAUUUUAUCCGUUUGCUCAAAUCGGAAGCAAAAUUUUAAAAGCAAUAGUUUAUAUAGUAGGUCAAAUAAAUCUUCAACACAUAUUUAAUCCCAUAUUCACAUUAGCUCAAGAUAUGUACGAAGAUAUGGAAGGUGCCUUUGCGUCCAAUAUGUCCGAUAUUGAGAGCGAUGAUGACGAUGAUGAAGGGGAAGAUUACGACUCGGACGCGGAAAAAAUCGCCAAACUGUUUUACCCUUGCGAAACAAAAGUUAAUCUCUUUAUGUUACAACAAAUGUUAUUUAUCAAAGAUAAUUUUCAUGGCGAAGUAACAGACACAGAUAGACCAUACUAUAUUCAAAGAAUUCCUAACAGUAAUCUUGCGUUUAUCGCUAUAGAAAACAAAAGUCCUACCAUUAACAAGAUAACUUACACCACAGAACCUCAAAGGAUAUCAAACGCACCAGUUUUUACGUCGGAAGAAAUGAAUAGCACAUUAUUGGCUUGUCACAAAUUGUAUUUGAAUUCGUUAUAUCGCAGAAGACUCGCGGGUUGCUACAACGAACAUCCCCUAGAGCAUGAAAUUCAAGCCUGCGGCAAGUCAACAACUCUCGUAAAAAAUUCUUUCAUUCUACUUGUAACGUUAUGCUAUAUCAACCUUUAAAUAUUAAAAUAAAAAAUAUUUUCGCACAGAAGUCAACAGCAAGUCAAACGAAGAGUCUCGAAAGGAAAAUUAAACAGCCGCGAGGGAUGGGAAUAUCGAAGUCAGAUCUUGUGUUUGGUUUGUUAGUUUUCCUUUUCAAACAUUAAAAAAAGUGGUUAACUAUGUUCCACAAUGAAUUUUACUUUUACAAUUAAAGA